AUGACCGCUGUCAGCAACGUGGCGGCCGUCCAGGCUACCAGCGGUGCCACCGGGGGCAGCGCGAUGGUCACCUUCUUCACAAACACCUAUGCGAAGCCCAUGCCGGAGCAGAGCUUCAGUAUACCGCUCAACACCCUGCCAGACGGGCUCAACCAGCUCGUCCAGAGCGUGCUAGGCGUUGAAGGACAGAAAUUUGAUUUUCUCUACAAGGAUGAGUACAUUGGCACGACGUUACUCCGCUUCCUUCAGCGCCGCGGCAUCAGCUACGAAGAGCUGCUCAACAUUGAGUACACCCCCUCCCUGCAGGCCAAAGAGGGAAGCCUCCUUCCACACGAUGACUGGGUGAGUAGCGUGCGUGCCCCGUACCGCGGCAACGCGGAGCUCCUGUUGACUGGCGCUUACGAUCACUGCGUGCGAUUGUGGGAUGGCGAGAACUGUGUCGCGCUCGGCACCUUUCACCACGAGGCUGUCAAGGAGGUGGUCCUCCACCCAGUGACGCAGGGUAAAAGCAAGACCGGACGCAAGCGCACCAGGCUCGACAGGGACUUCUUGUUUGCCAGCGCCAGCAAGGACGGCAGCGUCGCUGCCUGGAGACUGGACAGCACCAACAGCCUCAUGCAGCUUCUGGGCUCUAUUCAGGCCCACACCGACGGCGUUGACUCAGUCGCUAUCGCCCCUGGUGAGGGAAAGCUUGUAGCCACCGCCUCCUGGGACACCACUGUCAAAGUCUUCAGCUGGGAACAGAUGCUGGAGGGUGAUACGGUGCCGUCCAAGAAGGCGCCGCUUGUCACCUUCACCGAUCACAGUCGCCCAGUCCUAUGCAGCCGCUUCUCUGCCGCCCACGGUGCCGCACGGCUCUUUUCGGCAGGCCUCGACGGCCACAUCAAGUGCCUCGAUAUGGAAGCAGCGCUGCUUCAGUCGGAGCUCAAAGGCGACCACCCCAUCAAUCGAAUCGCUGUGAAGCCGGCAGGUAACAGCGCCGCCGCAGACCUUGUCCUCUCUGCCUGCACCGACAAUCGUGCCCGACUCUUCGACACGCGGCAACGGGGGGUAGUGAAGACGUUCAGCGGUCCUCGUCAGUGGCUCUACAGCGUGACGUGGCUGUGGGACGCACAGGAGGGGGAUGCCGAGUACAGCGGAGGUAGCCUCUUUGCACUCGCCAGCGAAGACGCCACAGUGCGUGUGUAUGACCUUCGGUGCACUAACACGGCGCUGCUCACGCUAGACACGAUGCACACGGAUGGUGUGCUGGACGUCACGUACGUCGGGCAGUCCAUUAUCGCCAGCUGUGGUAAGGAUAACAAGACGAAGUCGUUUGCCCUUAGCAGGGAAGACCUUGUCAGCUAG